AUAGCAUUUUUAAGAGAAACACAGAGUCAUUACGUUACAAGUGGCGACACUGGAUAUUUUAGAAGCACUGAUCAGGUAAAGCGACAGUGGACACAAUAGUGCAGAUGUAAUUCGUUAGCUACCAUGGUGGUUUUGUUUUGAAAGGCUAACAUGCGGCGCAGCUGUUGCUGUGAACUGAAUCGCGGGAGGAAAAGUCCAGAAGACAAGUUCGAGGAAGGUUACGGAGCAGAUGGAUUAUCUCGGCAAAGGAGUUUCAGAUCAAAGAUGGACGCUAACAGAAGAUAAAGCUCCGGGACAACAACUGCUACUUUUUGGUGUCUCUACGUUUUAAUAUCUUGCCGUUAUGGCAUCAGAGGAGGAAAUCAAUCUGCUGGUCAUCGUCGUGGAUGUAAAUCCGAUAUGGUGGGGGCAGCAAGCUCAACGUGAGCCAGAGUUCUCCCUGUCCAAGUGUCUGGAUGCAGUCAUGGUGAUGGGGAACUCCCACCUGGCCAUGACCAGGACAAACAAGCUGGCUGUUGUGGCCAGCCACUGUCAAGACAGUCACUUCCUGUAUCCCAGCAAGUGCUGGAGAGGUGGUGACAGCGGUGGGGACGAGGCAUCCUCCAGCGGGGAUGGGAAAUAUGAACUCCUGUCCGUCGCCAAUAACCUCAUUGCUGAAGAGAUUAGAAAUGUUAUGUCAAAAACUGAAGUGAGGGGAAAUUCAACUGAUACUUUGUUGGCUGGAUCCCUUGCCAAAGCUCUCUGCUAUAUUCACAGGGUCUCAAAAGAGCUGGAAGUUGGACAGGAGAUAAAAUCAAGAAUAUUGGUGAUAAAAGCCGCAGAGGACUGUGCCCUCCAGUACAUGAACUUCAUGAAUGUGAUUUUUGCUGCCCAGAAGCAGAACAUCCUGAUAGAUGCCUGUGUACUGGAUGCAGACUCAGGUCUCCUUCAGCAGGCUUGCGAUAUAACUGGAGGAUUGUACCUCAAGAUACCACAGAAAGUUGCCCUGGCACAAUACCUUUUGUGGGUGUUCCUGCCAGACUCUGAGCAGCGUUCACAGCUGGUUCUGCCGCCACCUGCACAUGUUGACUACAGAGCUGCAUGCUUCUGCCAUCGUAACCUCAUUGAGAUUGGUUAUGUGUGCUCCGUUUGUCUGUCAAUAUUCUGCAACUUCAGUCCCAUCUGUACAACUUGCGAGACGGCCUUCAAAAUCCAACUACCACAGAUGGUCAAGCCCAAGAAGAAGAAACUCAAGCCAUCUACAUGAUUUUUGCUGGGAUUAUACUAAUUUUGUGAAUAUAGUUUACUUUUUUUGUGUGUAUAUAUAUAUAUAUAUAUGCCAUCUUGUUUGGUAUAUAUUUGUAGAAAUGCCUUUUGAGGAAGUAGGGCCAUAUGAACAUGUUGACUAACAGUGACUGUCAUGUACAAUGGAGGCUGAUACUUUACUUAACUGCUCUCAAAAUAAUACUUUCUGCAUUUUUGUGAUGUAAUUUUUUUUUUUAUAUAUAUAAGUAAAGCACACAUUAUGUUCUUAGAAAA